AUGCCUGCGAACCUUGCAGACGAAGGAAGAAGAAAUGUGAUAGAAUAUCGCCGACAUGUAGCUUAUGUAGGAAGUACGCUGCGCUCCUGGUCCGAGUUAAUACCCAUUAUUGGCAAAUACUUGCGCUUCUUGUUCCGGACAACACUGACCAAAGACAGACAACUUCUCCGAUGCUCAUACCCUAAGGUUGGCCGAAAUUCACAGCUUAAAGCCCUACGCGAACGACUUCGGGUGCUCGAGAAUGUCAUUGCAACGAAGGACAGUUGUGCAUUUUCCCAGCAACAGGAUAUGCAAAUUGCUGCGGCCUUGGUCACUGCUCCAACCAUUCAGGAGAUUGAGCUUCCCCAAAUAUACCCUAUUGAAUCGCAGUGGUAUAUGCCUGAACUGCUACGAUUUUAUAGCGAGUCUAUAGCUAUACAGCCCCGAAGAGACACACAACUUAGCAGCCUGCAGAAUAUAUGGAUGACAACAGCCUUAAUGGAUGAAUGUAUGUUUCAUGCUACGCUAUACGCCGCAUCUGCAUAUCUAGACCUGCUCCGGGGGCAAAGCGGAAAUGUUAUUACUCUAUACCACCAGACGGAGACUCUCAGACUGCUAAGCAGUCAACUGGCAGCUGCUAAUAUGCAGGUUACGGACGCCUUGAUUGCCGUUACAAUGACUCUGGCCCAGACUGAGGCUCUCCUUGGAAAUACAUGCGUCUCCAGCACCCAUAAUACCGGGCUACAUCACCUGGUAAAAAUAAAAGGUGGCCUUGAAAACCUGGGCAUGGAUGGUGUACUUGCGGAGUUGAUUUAUGUAGGCGAUGCUAUGGACUGCCUUCUCUAUGGCACUGAACAGUCAUUCCAAGGCGCCAAUCCUACACCCCCGCCAAUGGCACUCAUAUCAAAUGCUAUAUCUUGGGAGGCUUCCGCACAGAUACCAUCAGUUACCGGUCGAGGUUCGGCCAGUAUUCUGGGACUAGUACAGCAGUCAAUGCUUCUAAUUGAUAGCUUACCCAGCGCAUCUGUGGAAGACGUUAUAGACGCUUCCUUCUUCCAGAAGCUCAUCCAUUUACAGGAUGAAUUUUCAUCUCUAUGCAGGGAUAUUACCGUUGACGUCCCCUCGCACUCAUCCUCUACCGAAUUUUACAUAAAUGAAUGCUGCCGCCAGACAGCAUUGCUGCAUUGGAACCUAGUUAAUGAUAAAGGUAUUUUUCCUACUGAGGACACAAUACCAAUUGAUGCCCGGGAACUUAAAGUGGCUAUGGAGAAAAUGGACACUCCUGCAUGGUCCAAGGUUGCUCCAAGGGUGUUCAUCUGGGCUGGAGUGACUGGGGCAGCAGCUUCGAAGGACUAUGCAGAGCGUGCAUGGUUUGCAGCUCGUUUAGGCCCAGUAGUAAUGGCUCAAGGAAGGAGUGGGGUUCCCACUCUUAGGCAAGGAAUGGCUCUUUAUCGAUGGCUGAAGACACUAGUUCCAGUGUGGUAG